UCAUAAAGGAUCAAUAUUUGGCUGAUUCCGGAGAAAUAAAAUGAAAACAGAAUCGACUUGUUUUAAUUAUGAUCAGUCGUCGCAAAAGUGUCGCUUUUCAACUUCCGAAUUCUGAUCCACCCAAGGCACAAAAAGUAAAAGACAAGGAGGAAAAGGGGGUCAGUAUAUGGACAAUAAUUUCUACUGGUAAUGCCGAGGGUUUGCGACAGUAUAUAAAGACUAAUGGAGCAGCAAGUCUCAAUAAACGAUCCGGGAAUUUCCGGUCGCCUCUUGGACUCGCAGUGUAUCUGGAAAAUCCGGAACUGGUCCAGAUCAUGCUGGAGUGUGAUCCAAAACCGGAUGUGAAUAUAAUUGACAAAAACGGAAACACGCCCCUCCACGAGGCAGUGGAAAGGGGGUAUCUACAAAUAACCAAACAACUUCUGAAUACAGGGAUGUGCAAUUUGGAAUUAAAAAACCCUCAUAAUUACACUCCUCUGAUGAGAUCCGUGUACAAUGACUAUGAAGAAAUCGCGGAAGCACUGAUAUCCGCAGGUGCUAAUAUUGAAGCCACUGGAGCUAAGGGUCGGACCAGCCUAUUUUUAGCGGUGAUAGAGAGCAGUCUGAAUUGUAUGGAGCUCCUACUGAAGAAUGGCUGUAACAUGGCCGUCCGCGACAGUCACGGAUUCACAAUACUAAAAACCAUCUUCAAAACCAACUCUAUCAUCAAAGCUGAGGCGAUUAAGCUGCUUCAGAAAUUUGAGUAUAAUAUCGAUCAUGACAGAGAUUAUUUAGAGGAGAUGGUGAAGAAAAGCAAGGACCCUAAUGACAAGGUUUACGCAGAGAUGCUUCUGCAGAAUAAAUCCAUUAAGGAGGCUUGUGAAAAUCCCUUCGCUUCCGGUGGCUGGCACAGGCGCAACUCCCUAGCAACCAGACGCAUCUCCGUGAUCAGCGAGAUCUCGCUGUCAUUCAUAUAUGGAAAGCAGUUAUCUCUUACUGAACUGGAUUAAAAGUUUUGUUAACCUUCCAUAUUGUGUAAAUAAUUGUUGAACAUUCAUUUGUGCCGACAAAGUGCACGAAUCGGAAGUACAUGUAUAUUAUAAAAAUAUUUUAAUGAUAUUUACAGUGAAUGUGCACAACUAGAGGACAGAACAGAAAAUGAGUGACAUUGUCAA